AUGCAGAGCUGUAAGGUAGGAAAGCUCCUUGCUAACAUGUUUGGAGAUUGUUUUGGUAAAUGACGCAAUAGGUUCACAGGGAGAUCAGGCUGUAAUCUCUCUUAUAACGUGUAAUCUGACCUGUGCAUAAAAGUUAGCAGAAUUUGUGAUAGUUGCGAAGUGCUUCAUAAACAGCCAAACACUUGGAUUUGCAGCAGUCCAUCAUGUAUCUAUAAAUAGCUGUUUUAUUCAUCCCUGUCCUGUUUUUCUCUAAAGUCAGUUCACAGUAAAGGAACAGUCCGUCUGAUUUCUGAUGGCUGAGUUUGAUUUAGGUCACAUAAAGGUAUUGAAUCAGUACGUUACAUAACAAGUUAAAAUCACCCUGCAAGAGCUUUAAAUAACAAUUAAACCAUAAAUUCUACUUAUAUUGCCCUGAAGUGACCUUUAGCACAUGUAACAGGUACAUCCCUAAACUGUAACUUCAUGAGAAAGUUUGACUCCUGAUUAAAUGUCUUUGGCUCAGCUUUAAGGUCAAAGUUCAGCAUAACAUUAGGAUUCUUGACAAAGACGAUUCAUCACAGCAGAAGUCAGACCUGGUGUACGGUGUAAUACAGUCCAUUCACACCUAUUAGACCUCACAACAAACUGUAGUUUGAACAUAUAUCAGCCACCAGGCCAAGAUACUGACAUGUUUACGGAGUCAAAAAGAGCCACUUUGUUGUGCGCAGCAUAAACCAGACAAGGUGUGCUGACGUCUGUUUUCAGAGAGUACAAAGGUGAAGAGAAUAAACCUGUUUAUAACUGAGACUUUGGUCUUUGAUUUCCACAGCAGAAGAAAAGGUGUGAGGACUCCUUAUCGUCAUUACACGACAUUGACCCGACAGCAGACACCAUGCUCAGGUAAGAAAACUUCUGUAAACCUUAUAUUAUCAAGUUUGACAGCUUAUUUGUUUGUUUAUUUAAACUAAAAAAAAUCUGUGAUCUGUUUUUUUCACCUACAGGUUUUCUCUUAUCAUCUGUGUUUCGCUGAUUGUCAGCAUUAAUGCAAAGCCAUAUCAACCCUUGGUAUGUACUUUUUUUAUGUAUACGUCAACAAUAUCACAGUGUAAACUCUAACUUUAAAAAAUAUUUAAGAAAGGAUUCAUUUUACAUUCCUUACUCUAAAUAAUUUCAUUAAAACUAGACUUUAUUUUACAGAGUAAAACAAAUAAAAAAACAAAUAAUAAAUUAGCUUUAAUAUCAAUUUACCAGCCCUGCUCUUUAAUCAGCAUAUUUGCAGUGUCAUAAGUAACAUCAAAUAAAGUUGGAAAGCUUUCACUUAUAUAUCAGUGUCAAUGUCUAAUGGUGAUGCAUAUCUACCCUGGUAUAUAGUAAAGUAUUGUUAUUGUUAUUAUUAUGACAUUAGAAGGUCACAAUCUGAGCUAAAUUAUAUCUGUACAUAUUUAUAGAGUUGUAUUAAAUGCUUAAUCAGCAGCACUCACGUCAUCAUAUCAUAAGAUAAUUUCAAAUUGUCUCCCAUCUUUAAGUCAUGGUUUCAGAUCACACUGUUGUAGCAGUGCAGCACUUAUUUAGACAAAAAUCUAAAAGUCAGGAUCAGACAGUAGAUUUAAUUUCAUUUAAUCAACUUCCAAAACAAGUUGUCAGCUGAUGAAUUCAACUUUUAUGAUACAAAAAUAAUCCUUUGACAGCUUUCUUAAAAAUGAUCAAAUAUCGGGGGUUAAGGAUUUUGAAGUGCAAUGCGCAUUAUAUGUGGAUGUAUAAAUAUAAAAUGUAUAGAGCUGACACAAAGAAAUACCUCUAAUCACAUUUUGUACUUUUAUGUCACACCAACUUGCUUUUUUACAGCAGUAACAUCACAUCUAUCUCUGCUCUUUCCUCAGAAUAAAUUUGAAGAAUUCCGGGACACUGUUAUGUAAGUUGUCAUUUCCUUUUACUGAAAUAAACCUGAAUAACUUUGUCUAGAGGGAACUCAGACUCAGAUUGCUCUCUCUCUUAUUUUUUUAUUCAGGUCUGUAGAUAAGGAUGGAAAAAUGUCCUGGGGAGUGGAAGUAGAGCCUCCAGAGGACCUGGAUGAGACUCACUAUGACGUGGACCCGAGUAUGAAGAUCUGGAAGAGUAUGGUGGGCGGUGGGGGAAACCAACAGUACAUGGAGGCAGAGGUAGACCUGGACGAGCUUUACCACCCUUCAGUGGUUGAUCUUCUCAAAGUUCAAAUCCAGAACACAGACGUCCUCCCCGCUGAAGACGUCCCUGUGCAGCUGGUGAAAGCAGAGGAGGAUACCGAUGAGGUGGCUCCAGAAGAGCCUGAACCGGACAUGGAUGCAAUCUACCACAAAGCUAGAGAGGAGCUGGCAGUAUAUCUGGCCCCUCUCAUGGCCAAAGACCAAGCCGAUGUGGAGAUGCCUGCUUUGUACUUAGAACCAGAGGAGGACCUGGACGACCUGUACCACCAAGAUAUUCUCCAGCCAGUUCCUCUCCAAGAUGAUGCUCAAGCUGCAGCUCUGGUUGAUCUGCCAUUUCAGGGGAAAUACAGCGAGCCAGAGGAAGACCUGGAUGACUUUUACCACAAGUGA